AUGGCCGUUCCAGUGCUGUAUCCAACUCAAGAUGUCGUAUCUGGGUCACCCACGUCCCCGGAAAGCCUGAACUCACCGCCUAGCAGGACUCCGCGAAGGUUCUACGUUUCUAACGACUGGUGUAUCUUGCUCAUUGUGGGACCACCACGCAUGCAGAUCAAAAGCCCGUUGCUGUCGCCCGAGGAACCGUCUGAUCUGUCUGUGCCAAGCCUAGGAGAAAGCCCUAUGAUGUCGCCUCAUCUCAUGCAGACACAGUCGCCAGUGGAAAUAGUGUCGCCGCAGGGUUCGCGAGUGGGAUAUAGCUUUGACAGCGACGAGACCCACCGGCAACACCAACGCGGCCGUCCCUGGUGGCAGCUCCUGUGGAUGCUGCUCUCGGUAGCGUUCAUCACGGUGCUCAUCCCGCUGGUCGUGUUUCUACUGCCGUACACACGCAUGGGCCGCCGGCCGCCCGACUUGGACGUCACCAGAGUGUUCAGCAAGAUGACAUCGCCGGGCUUACCGAGGGAAACCUAUGACCCUGAAGAGAACUUCCUCCUGCUGCCGGGCGAGACCGUGGAACAGUUCUGCAGCAGAAAGAUUGCGCCAGAGUUAGGCCCUCCACCACCCCAUUACGGGCUGCCAGCGAUCCCGCCUGCUCCGAGACCGAACGAUGUACAAUUGCGGCCAGUAAUCUGCGUCUUGAACGCUAAAUAUCGACGCUCCCAGGAGGAGUACCUGCCCUCCCAUCUGCCGCUAGACUACUGCUCUUCGAUCGUCGUGUACAGCUACGGAGUGCACGGGACCUCCGGCGAGAUCGCGCAGAAGUACCGGAGCGUCGAGAGCUACGCGAACGCACUGCGGACUUUGAAGAACAACGGCCAACUCAAGCACCGCACGAAUAACAUUACCGUGUACUUCACCGUCGGGGGAGAGCGCGAGGACAGCGCCAACCUUUCGUUGGUGGCCUCAACCACUUACCGUCUGUAUAGGCUCGCGACAGUCUCGUCUGAUCAUGCUGGCAGUAGCGAAUUAUGGGAGACCUGGACAUUCUUCCUAGGCUCGUGA